GUAUGCGCAUUGUACUAGUCUCUCUGAAGGUUGCAUCAUUACACAUAAAGUUGGAGUAUUCGCGUCUCUUAUUAAGUUUUCCAUAAAUUUAAAAGGAUAAAACGUAUAAAAUCAAAAUGUUGACCGCUGCAAGAUUGUUAACUCGUAGUUGUAGCAAUAUAACCUACGACAUUACUAGAAAACAACAAUUCAGUACAAUUGUUAAAAAUGCUGCGUUUCCUGCAUUGGCGGUACCCCAACGAUUUACAGAUCUGCAACAAUAUAGAUACAAAUCCGAAGGCGUGAAAGGUGCAGUUAUUGGCAUUGAUCUUGGAACAACAUUUUCAUGUGUAGCAGUUAUGGAAGGAAAACAAGCAAAAGUUAUAGAAAAUGCAGAAGGAUCACGAACAACUCCAUCUUAUGUAGCAUUUACUAAAGAUGAUGAACGUUUAGUUGGUAUGCCAGCUAAACGUCAGGCAGUUACAAAUUCAUCAAACACAUUUUAUGCAACAAAACGAUUAAUUGGACGAAAAUUUGACGAUCCUGAAGUAAAAAAAGAUAUGAAAACUGUGUCUUAUAAAAUUGUUCGAGCUUCUAAUGGAGAUGCAUGGAUACAAGGAGGUGAUGGUAAAAUGUAUUCCCCUAGUCAAAUUGGUGCAUUUGUACUCAUAAAGAUGAAGGAAACUGCAGAAUCGUAUUUAAGUACACCAGUAAAAAAUGCUGUAAUUACUGUUCCUGCAUACUUCAAUGAUUCCCAAAGACAGGCUACCAAGGAUGCUGGUCAAAUUUCGGGGCUUAAUGUACUUAGGGUAAUUAAUGAACCAACAGCAGCUGCCCUUGCAUAUGGCAUGGAUAAAACAGAAGAUAAAAUCAUUGCAGUAUACGAUUUAGGAGGUGGUACUUUUGAUAUUUCAAUUUUGGAAAUCCAAAAAGGAGUUUUUGAAGUUAAAUCCACAAAUGGAGAUACCUUUUUAGGAGGUGAAGAUUUUGAUAAUGCAUUAGUUAAUUAUCUUGUAACAGAAUUUAAAAAAGAGCAAGGCAUAGAUAUAACUAAAGACACAAUGGCAAUGCAAAGGUUAAAGGAAGCAGCUGAGAAGGCAAAGAUUGAAUUGUCUAGUUCUUUACAAACUGAUAUAAAUUUACCUUACUUAACUAUGGACUCUAGUGGACCAAAACAUUUAAACCUCAAGCUUUCAAGAAGUAAAUUUGAAAGUCUUGUUGCUGAUUUAAUUAAACGUACUAUUCAGCCAUGUCAGAAAGCACUUUCUGAUGCUGAAGUAACAAAGUCUGACAUUGGUGAAGUAUUAUUAGUUGGUGGUAUGACAAGAGUACCUAAAGUUCAACAAACUGUACAAGAUAUUUUUGGACGGCAACCAUCCAAGGCAGUAAACCCCGAUGAAGCUGUUGCUGUAGGUGCUGCUGUUCAAGGUGGUGUCCUUGCUGGAGAUGUAACAGAUGUUCUUCUUUUGGAUGUUACCCCUCUGUCACUUGGUAUUGAAACACUGGGUGGCGUUUUCACACGAUUAAUUUCUCGAAAUACAACGAUUCCCACCAAAAAGAGUCAAGUAUUCUCUACAGCUGCUGAUGGUCAGACUCAAGUAGAAAUCAAAGUACACCAAGGCGAACGAGAAAUGGCCAGCGAUAAUAAACUAUUGGGACAAUUUACUCUUGUUGGAAUUCCACCUGCACCUAGAGGAGUACCACAAAUAGAAGUCACAUUUGACAUUGAUGCCAAUGGCAUUGUUCACGUAUCUGCUAGAGAUAAAGGAACUGGAAAAGAACAACAAAUCGUUAUUCAAUCAAGUGGCGGUCUUAGUAAAGAUGAAAUUGAAAACAUGGUGAAAAAUGCUGAACAAUAUGCCAAGCAAGAUAAAAUAAAAAAAGAAAGAGUUGAGGCUGUGAAUCAAGCUGAGGGAAUUAUUCACGAUACGGAAUCCAAAUUGGGAGAAUUUAAAGCACAGUUGCCACAGGACGAAUGUGACAAACUCAGAGAAUUGGUUGCAAAAAUGCGAGAAACAUUAGCUAAGAAAGACGAUACGGAACCAGAAGAGAUCAAGAGACAGACAAAUGAAUUACAACAAGCUAGUCUUAAAUUGUUUGAAAUGGCGUAUAAGAAAAUGGCCGCAGAACGAGAAGGACAAAGUCAAAAUCAACAUCAGCAACAGGAAGAUGGGCCUGAAAAGAAGGAAGAGAAGAAUUAAUCCAAGAAUUAAAUAUGUACCAAAUUUUCAUUAUGUACGUAAAGUGAAUCUUUG